CAGAUGAAGAUCCUGCUGGCCUUGCGAAACGUUCUGCGUCAGCUGAAGAAGACCAAGGCCAGCUUCAUCGCUGUGCAGCUUGUGGGGAGGCUCCUGCCCCUCUUUGACUCGGUAAGGCUGAUGUGGAGCCUGAGCCCCUCAGAUGGGUGCUGGGCAAUGACAGCUGCCCUGCAGCCCAGCCCUGCGAGCAGCACUUGGAGCCAGCUCCGCUCCCCUGGGCUCUCCUGGGAUGGCUUCUGGGCCGUGCAGCCCAGUGCUCCUUCUUCUGGGAUGUGAGGCCGCAGCCGCUGCCCUCCCCGCAGCCAUGAUCACGGCCCUCUGCACUGUGGGCAGGGAGCUGCUGUUUGCAAAACUCCCUUUUCCUGCUUCCUGCCAGGAGUGCAGUGAGCUGCGAGAGCUGUCCAUCCGCAUGCUCACGGAGCUGCUGCAGUUGGUGGUCGGCAGGGAUGAGAAGAGGAUGAGGAAGGAGGUGUGGCGAGCACUGGUGCCUCUCCUCUUCCGCAUGAGCGACCAGGUCCCCAGCGUGGCCAAGGCCUCCAGGGAAGCCCUUCUUGCUGCCGCAGAGCUGCUGAAGUGGAAGACGCUCAAGCACCUGCUGCAGAGAGAGCGGCUGUGGGAGCUUGGAGCGUGCUUGGUAAGGACAAGCUGAGGGGCCCGGGCUGGGGGAGGGCUGCCCCCAUCCCAUGUCUGGGCUGGGGGCUCUGCAGCUGGGCAGAGCCUGGAGCUGCAUCCCUGUUGCUGCCCUCAAGAACAGAGCCCCAGGGGCUCUUCUGCUGGCCCCUGUCCCUUCCCUGUAGCCAGCAGGAGGGGAGGCCUCUCCGU